CUUUGAAAAACAAAAACAUAAAGUAAACAAAGAACAUGAAACAGCAUGAUUACCCAUGUCGCGCGUUAAGAUUCUGAUCUGUCCCAAAAUUUUAGUAGUCUUUUUAUAGUGUAGAGCCCUGUCCCUUACAGUAAUUGCUGACUAUCAAAAUAUAGCAAAGCAUCAAAUAAUAUGCCGCGUUUUUAGUUUUUUUUUUUGUAAUAUGUGGACGUACGUUGGGUUUGGAUGUGAGGGCCCGUUUCAGACAAACAGUUCAAAUAACGACCAAGAACAAGUGUUAUGACGAUCGACGGUGGUCAUCUGUUAUCAUCUUUUUUAGGGAUUUGGUUGAUUGGCCCUGUUUUGAUUUGUGUAGCAAGCUUAUUUGUUCUAGUUAUGUGCUUUCGGAGAGUGGAGGCAAAUGAUGUUAAACCAGAAACUUCAAUCCUUGAUCAAAAAGACUUCUUCGGGCUCCAUUGGAGUAAAUUUUCUGAUUCUGAUGCACAACAAUUUGACUGUAAUAGCAUAUAUAGUCAUAAUAACAGUUGUUCAAGGAUGUGGAUCAAGUCAAUUACAUUGUUCAAUUACAAACAGCUACAGCUACCACCAAGACUUCAGAAAGAACUAAGUUUGUUGCAAAAGUUGCAUCAUACUAACAUAAAUCCUUUAGUUGGUGCACUAUUAAAAGACCAAAAACUAUAUCUGGUGACUCCUUAUUGCCAAUUAGGAACCCUUCAGGAAUUACUCUCAAGUGUGAACAUUUCAUUUCGAAAGCCUGUGAUUACCUCUUUGAUCCAAGAUCUUAUUUGUGGUGUUACUUACAUUCACUACAGUUCCAUAAAAUGCCACGGACGAUUGAAAUCAUCGAACUGUCUCCUUAAUUCCUACUUACGACUUAAAAUAUCUGAUUUUGGAAUUAACCAGUUACGAGAGCUUACGCAAAGUGAAUCGUCUUCAACUUUAAUCGACAGGUUAUGGCUGGCUCCGGAAAUAUUGCGAAAUCAAGAUUGUGGUGCCUCUUGCGAAGCGGAUAUGUACGCCUUUGCUGUAAUUCUUCAUGAAAUCAUUCACCGGCAAGGGCCCUUCAAUGUGAACUCAACAACCACAAUUGAUGUUAGUUUAAUAUUGGAUAGAAUCCAGCAAGGACCUAAUUUAAAUACCGUUGGACACGUAGAAUAUUUUCGUCCACAAAUCAAGGAUGAUUCCAACUUGGAAUACGGCUGUCCUUCAUUUAUCCGGCGUUGCUUGGAAGACUGUUGGUCGGAAGUGCCUAGUUUGCGUCCCAAUGCCGAUUUCGUGUUUUGCCAACUUUCAGUACUGAAAAAUGAAACGUGUUCUCAAAUGGCAUAUGACACGGAUCAUGAACUAGUUGAUCUAAAGAAGGAAAAAGAGAAAAAAGCCAAAUUACUUUCAAGCAUUAUUCCCAGUCAUGCAGCUAAUCAGUUAGUGAAAGGUUUACGCGUUAAACCACAAGUUUUUGAAUCAGUGACUCUUCUUUUUACGAAUAUUGGUAACUUUCUUCAAAUUUCUGAGAUAAGCUCGCCACAUGAGCAUAUACGGUUAUUAGAUGAUAUCUAUAACAUUUUCGAUUCCGUCGUUCAAGGGUAUCACGUUUACAAAGUGGAAACCGUCAAAGACACAUAUUUUGUGGCGUCAGGACUCUUCCCACGGAAAAAUCACCACACGGUAGAAGCUGCCUUGUUGGCUCUUAAUCUUCUCAAUUCCAUUCGAGCGUACAAAGUUCCUCACAUUCCGCAUCUUGCAAUCCUGCUUCGUAUAGGGAUGCAUUUAGGUCCUGUAGCAGCAGGAGUUAUUGGAUUAGAUAAACCACGCUUUUGCCUUUUCGGAGAUACGGUGAACGUGACAUCUCGACUGAGUACAACCGGGGAGCCUUCGCAAAUUCAAAUUAGCUCCGAGUGCCAUGUAGCACUGUCGAGGAUGGGAGGCUUCAUUAUGAAGGAGCGCGGCAUCAUUUACAUCAAAGGAAAAGGUUGGCUGAAAACAUACUGGCUUCUCGGUAGGGAGCCAACAGGGGAUGUUUCGGAAAUGCUUCGGUGAUUUCUCCAAACACUUGUGAUGUUGCGCAUUAUAGAAAAUGGAUUAUCGAUUGCUCUUUUGCAUUUCGGAAAUGAUAUAUUUUCCACAUUCCAUUUAAGGGAUCAAAAUUAAUGUUCGGGAUGACAUCGAAAAUUCAUAUUUCUUUGAUUAUGUGAGGUGGGAUUGCGGUGUAAAAAGUUACCUCCCAGCUUUUUAAAAAGUGGAAUGCUUCAUUAUGUAUCGUUACUUUACCUUCGUAUUCCUGCAGUAUCAUUACAUUUACGCGUUCUUUGAUA